GUGGCUCAUUUUCAGCCACGCCUUUAAAAUUGAGCCCCGCCCAAAUAUCUGCAAGGAAAUGGAGCAAACACAACAACUCGAAACUGGCUACAUGUCUCAAAGAGAAGGAGAAAAGAGCCCUUUCCCCUCAAUUCAUAAACCUAUAAAGAAAGUUAAAAGGAAAUUUUCAGUUAACCUUCGGAGCCAACGCUCACUGCUAUUCAGGAAACCUAUUGCUUUGCUUUUGUUAUGGAACUCUAUGGUGUAUGGAUACCAGUUCAUUGUGCUCCGUUUAGUAACCAGUCAAAACCAACAAAAACAAGAGAGUUUUUGGUUAUCCGAGUUUCUUGUUCUUCUCACAAACUAUGUCCUCUCAGAUCUCUUCUAUCCGCUUGCUGGCUGGUUGUCAGACACAAAAUUGGGUCGCUAUCGUGUUCUGAAAUACUCCAUUUGGCUAAUGUGGAUCAGUGGUGGUAUUGCCCUACUAAGUCUUAUACCUCAAAAUAUAUGCAUCUCACUAGGCAUGAAGAUAGCAGUUUUAAUAAUUAACGCUAUCUCUCUUGCCGGGUUUGAUGUCAACAUAGUACUAUUUGGCCUCAACCAUCUCAUUGAUGCACCUUCAGAUCAGUCCAGUGCAUUCAUUCGCUAUUACUACUGGACAAGAAAUAUAAGUUUUCUGGCUCUGAGUAUAUUGAAUGUUAUUGUGUGCAUGUAUACCCACACCCAUGGUACAGAGUAUUCCAUGUUCAUUAUUCUGACUGUUAGUACAUUGCUUCUUUCACUGGCUCUGGGGAGUGAUUUUAUAUUUGGACGAAUCCUGAAGGUGCAUUACAAGAGAUCAAAUCCAUUUCAACUUAUCAGAAAAAUACUCAUGUACACUUGGAGGCAUUCUUAUCCGGAAUUACGUAGUGCCUUUACUUACAAUGAAAGUUUUACUCCUAAAAGAAUAGACUAUGCAAAAGAAAUGUAUGGAGGACCGUUUAAGUAUGAACAAGUUGAAGACGUGAAGUCAUUCUUAAAUCUACUAUUUGCCAUUGUUGCUAUAGGCAUAUUCUCAUUCAUGUAUCUAGUAUCUUAUAGCAGCGUUCACUACUUCAUAAAACGAAUCCAAAAGAGCACAUACUUUACAGAUAUUGAGGUGUGCUGGCCAUUGGAUAAUUUUUAUUGGAUUGUUAACCCACUAAUAAUCACAGUUCUCAUUCCAGUGUACGAGUUCCUGCUACUUCCUUGCCUUCAGAAAUAUGUACCUCGGACUUUGAGGAGAAUUGGGCUGGCAGUUGUGCUGCUGCUACUUGGUUUAAUAAGUCUUUUUGUUUUAGACCUCACUAGUAAAUCAAAAGAUUUCUCUACAUGCACCACUAAUAUCAGCAAUAGAUCUACUACUAAUGCAACCAUAAACAGCAGUAAUAUUGGGUUGGUGUUUAUACCAGUCUUAUUGUUAACACUAGCUGAAAUGUUGGGAAAAAUAGCAGCACUUGAGUUCAUUUGUGCACAAACUCCAGAAAUAUUCAAAGGAUUCAUGAUGGGACUUCUCUUUGCAGUUCAAGCUAUGUUUAAUGGACUGGCUACAUUAAUAAUUGGGCCAUUUAUGAAAUCGCAAUACAACCAAGAUGUCAAAUGGGGAGCAAUACACUGUUUGGCUGGUUUCUACUCCAUGCACAUGGUGCUGGGUGUUCUUGCUCUGAUUUGUUAUGUUUUUGCUGUCAAAAAGUACAAAAGACGUGAAAGAAACCCAGUCAUUAAUGAACAGCAACUGAUAGAGUCUUAUUAUGAACACAUGUUUAAUGAGAGAGACAAAAAUGAAGAGAGGAUGAUUACUCAUGAUGUUACUAUUAACAAUUAAAAAGUACCAAUUUGUGUUUUUAUGCAAGUGUAAAUUUAAUUAACUAUAAUUAUUUUUAA